AUGGACAAUGAUGAAGAGGAGGAGGAGGAUGAAUCUGAGAUGGAGGACAAGUUCUUGCCAAACAAAGAGAAGAAGACCACAAGAAGGAAAACGACCCAACCUACCAAGAAGCAGCUGAAAGCCCACGAAAAGGCAGAGCGGGACAAGAAAGCUGAUGAGGACCGUGCCGAUGCUGAAGCCAUCCGGCACAACAUUUUCAAUAUUGUGCCACCGACAGGGCUUUGA